CACAUCUCCCUGGAGCCCCGCGCCGCUGGCUUUUCAGAGCCUCACCAUGAGCGGGCAGACAGAGCCCCAGACCGCGCCAACGGUGCGCCCCUCCGUCCUCCCUGAGCCGCCGACUUUGCCCAUGUCUCAGUACGCCCCCAGCUCGGACUUCAAGGGGCCUUUGGACAGUAGCCCCGAGGCCAACGCCGAAGAUGAAAAGACGGAGGAGGACAUGCCCAUGCCCAAGAACUACCUGUGGCUCGCCAUCGUCUCGUGUUUCUGCCCCGCGUACCCCAUCAACAUCGUGGCUUUGGUCUUCUCCAUCAUGUCCCUGAACAGCUACAACGACGGAGACUUGGAAGGAGCCAGGCGGCUGGGGAGGAACGCCAAGUGGGUGGCCAUCGCGUCCAUCGUCAUCGGCCUCCUCAUCAUCGGCAUUUCUUGCGUCGUGCACUUCACGAGGAACUCCUGAGGAGCCUGCGGCCAGCUGCAAGCGGGGAGGAUGGUCCUCAUCCCCACAUACCCCAAGGAAGUGGCUGAGGAAUGGAUCCCCAUCUUUGGACUAUGAGAUCCCUUCCUCUAGGACUCUCCAGAGGCAGGUCCCUGGCAAAUGAACACAGAAAGUCCAAAAUUUAGUAACCCAAGCAGCGCAGCCACAACAGCCAAAGUGAUUGAUCUGUUUAAAAAGAAAAAGAAGAGGAAGAAGAAGAAGAAAAUGAAGCCUCCCCUUCUCUGCCGAGCAAAGCUUUGUGUCCAUUCCUCCUCUCUAGAGCUGAUCUCCAGAAAUCUCGCGGCUUCUCAUGGGGUGGGGAGGCCUGAACUGGGGGCAGCGGAAGGGUGUCAGGAAGAGCAGAGGGUGCUGGAGUCCCUGCGGCAUGCUUCAAGCUGUCUAAUACAGUUGAAUUUGUGCAGUUUUGCACCUUCAUUUUUUUGGUAUAGGUUCACUUCUGUCUUCAGUCACUCCUUCUCCACCGGCGCCCCCCAGAGUUGCCCCUUCCAACCAGCAAACACUUGAAAACCUUCUGGCCUUUGGGUUGGACCCUCAAUUUUCCCAGCAACCCCUCUGUCUUGCCUGCACCUCCUGGGUCAACCUGACCCAUCCUCAGUCUUCCCUCCUGGACUUCCCGCCAAUGCUAAGUUCACGGCGCCCUCUCCAGCCCACGUUUGGGCGUAAACUGGCUGUGUUUAUGAAGUGCGGUCUUUCGCGAUCUCUUUUGAGUUGGAGGUCACAGGCAAGCUCUUUGAUUUUCCUGGAUGCCACCCGGAUAUGCCACCCCCUUGUAUUUAUUUCUUCUCUGUCAAACGUAAACUAAACCCUUUAGUUGAGAAUAUACCGGCUUUGCUUAUUUAUUUAUUAUUUAGAGACAGGGUCUCAGUACGUUGCUGAGCGCCUCACCAAGUGGCUGAGGCUGGCUUUGAACUCCCCAUCCUCCUUCCUCAGCCUCCAGAGUCGCUGGGAUUAUAGGCCUGGGCCACCAGGCCCCAGCUCUUACUGGUUUUGUGACGCCGUGACUCUGCCUGUGGGAACGUGCUAAUGGCGUUUUACAGAAAGGCGUGGCAUGUACCACAGGCGGCACGUUUCUGAGCAGUUUAGAGAUGUACGGUUAAGUAAUAUCGCCUCACAAAGGAUGUUCCCCCUUUUCUUUUUCAAACCUGAUCACAGCAAGGAGAAAGUCUCAAUUUUGUGCUAGUGGGUCCUUGACACUUUCCUGACCCCACACCUCUUUGUCCUUUUUAACAAAGAAAGAGCAGCCCUUAGGUUCAGUCUUCUGUCUAGAUAGCAUUCAACAGUAUUAUUUUGUUUUUAUGGUAUUUAUUUAUUAUCUUCCAUUUAUGGCUCUGCAUCGAUGGAUGUGUUAUUUCGGUUCAAAUAAAUUUACUUAAGCAAGGGAACUCAAAGACAAAUAUUAGGUAAUUAACAGAAUAGUUGAGAUAUAUAUAUAUAUAUAUAUCGAUAUAUAUGUAUAUAUAUGGCAAAUUUCAAAAACUUAUAUUCGAAAUACAGUGAUAAUGAAUUUUCCAGAACAAAAGAAAAGGCAGUGGGUUUUAAUCAAAAGGAUAAGAGACUAAAAGUCAAAAUAUUUAUUUCAAUGCCUUAUUAUUAUUAUUAUUAUUAUGGGGUUUUUUUUUGCCACUAACUGGCUAUGCAGGCUGAUGUUAGGCAAGUUUCUUAGACUCUUUCUGCCUCACGUUCCUUCCUCUGGAAAAUGCAGAUAAGAACGCCUGCCUGCUCACCUCACUAUGUUACAAAAAUCAACCACCAUAAUAGAUGUGCUCCUGGGGAGGAUUCUAUCUGCUCUACCAAUACAAACAGUGAUGCUUAGAUGAUUGUGAAUCUCGGGCAUUUUGUUAAAACACUGGCCCCAGCAAAAAUAAAUAAAUGAAAGUGAGUGGACACCAAGAUUCCACCUGUCAUCUCACCCAGCUGCCUGUCACGAGCCGGCCCUCGUCCCCAGAGGGCCCUGCAUCCGGGACAGGGGUUCUCAGCACACAGGGAUGCUAACUCCAUUCCAGUAGGUCGGAUCCUGAUUUCUGUUUCUCAGAUCCAGUUGUUUGUUUGCCUGUGUUUGGGUCGCUGGUCUUUUCCUCAAAUCCAAUGAAAAUGUUCUUGAGAGACAGAAUAAAAGUGGUUUUAAGUAAGCCCGUUCA